CCAUUUUAAACCAUCCAUCCACUAUCAUCUACCACAUAAACCUCGCUUACUCCACACACCAAUGCUCGCCCUUUCCCAUGACCCACUCUAUAUGCCGGACAUUCAUCAUAUUUCAACUACUUUAGCUCCGUGCUCAGAAUUAACCAUCACUCUUCUGCAAUGUUUUCGCGAAUCACCCAUUCGAGCGCCGCCAGACAGACAGUCCUCUACUCCACUAUCAAACUGGCGAUUCGCUCUCCCGCGGUGGCUGCGGGAAAGUACAAGCACGUUCCAUAUCUAGCCGCCAACGAGAAGCCGUUCUACAUCACGACACCGAUUUUCUAUGUAAACGCGGCGCCGCACCUCGGUCACUUGUACCUGAUGCUUUUGUGCGAUGUACGCAACCGCUGGGAAGUACUCGCGCGCCGACCUUCGUUCUUCAUGACCGGAACGGACGAGCACGGGCUCAAGGUGCAGCUCGCGGCGAAAGCGAAGGGCUUUGAGGCAACGAAGCCGUUUGUGGACCAGGUUCUGGGCAACUUCAAAACACUUGCAGACCUCACCGAUAUCAAGUACGACCGCUUCAUCCGUACGACCGAUGCUGAUCACCUCAGGACGGUAGCAAAGUUCUGGGGCAUUUGCCAGACUAACGGAUACAUCUACCAGGCGGAGCACUCGGGCUGGUACUCCAUCAGCGACGAGACCUUCUACCCUGAAACACAGAUUGUCGAUGUGGUGGAAAAUGGUGUCGCAAAGAAGGUGAGCAAGGAAACAGGAUCGGAGGUGACGUUUGAGUCAGAAUUCAACUACUUCUUCCGCUUGAGCCACUUCCAGGAGCGCCUCAUUCGCCACAUGGAAGAGAACCAGGACUUUAUUCAGCCGCACAAACGCCACAUGGAGAUCUUGCGCGAACUCAAAGCAAAACCGCUCGAAGACUUGUCGAUUUCGCGGUCCUCCUCCAGGUUGCAAUGGGCAAUUGACGUACCAAACGACCCGUCGCAGAAGGUGUACGUCUGGUUUGAUGCCCUCACUAACUACUUAACCAGCUGUGGCUUUGCCAACCCUGACUGGUCCGCCGAUGCCAGCGCCUGGGGUAACACCACGCACUUGAUCGGUAAAGACAUUGUCCGCUUCCACAGCAUCUACUGGCCGGCCUUACUCAUGGCAUGCGAGGUGCCGCUUCCAAAGCAGCUCAUCGUACACUCGCAUUGGCUCUGCGAUGGGCGUAAGAUGAGCAAGUCUGUCGGGAAUGUGGUUGACCCGAUUGCCAUGGCACAGUACUACGACUCGGAUGCUCUCCGGUGGUUUCUCUGCGAGAAUUCGAGUCUCGAGAAUGACUGUGACUUCAGCGAGGAGCGCUUGCACGUCACGCGAGACUUGCUUAUUGGAAAAUUUGCCAAUCUCAUUUCCCGGUGUUGCUCCAAGAGCUUCAACGUCGAAAGGGCGUUGAAGAGCUACGCUGCUGGUGAACUCACCACACCCGCAUCGCUUGAAAAGUUUACCCAGUUAAGCCCGGAAGCGGCAAAGCUCUACCAUGAGCUUGUGGCCGAGUUUCCCGUGUUGUUGGAGCAGAUGGAAGCUGACAUGACCGGGUUCCGCACCAACGAUGCUCUAGACAGGGUCUGGAAUGUGUUGAACAAGGCCAAUUUGUUCAUCACCCAUGCCGCCCCGUGGCACUACAAAAAGCAAGCCGUGGUGGAGGACGCAGAGGUGCGCAAGGUUCAGGACUUGAUUAUUUUCAUGGGUGUGGACGUUGCUCGUAACGUGGCCAUUCUUACCAAACCGUUUAUUCCGAAUUUGGCAAACAAGCUCUUGGAUAGGAUCGGCGUCGCCCCGGAUAACAGAGAUUUGUACGCGUUUGGACUUGGUAAGGAUGUGAGCUACGGUAAGGGUGUGAACGGCGCUGGCGAGUUGCCUAUCACCAGAAAGCCGAUGAGGGGCACCGAGUGAUGGAUGUCUAUUGAAAGAGCGUCGAAAUUUGUAAAUAGCUAUUUUGUUCAUAUUGAAAAAUCUGGUGGGUUAGAAUGUGAUCCGAAGUUAUGGUGUCACUAGGUUAAGAGGUUUUUCUGGAAUAAUAUUCCAUUGUAUAAGGUGUACAACCUAUAACGUAAUUCUGGC